UGGCCAUUUGUGAUGUAGCCAUCAGGUGGAAUGAUGUGAGGAGGAAGAAGGCGCUUCCUGUCCAACUCCUCAUCCCAUCGGCAUGACCUCCAAGGGAGAUCCAUCAUCGUCGGUCCCAUUGGAAAAAGACAUCACCACCACCAGCUGUGCCGGGUCACCUAACCAAAUCAGUUUUAUGUGAGUUCUUCCUCCAAGAGAUCAAGGGUGCCACCCGAUCAGCGUCCCUGGGACUCGCUCCCUCACUGAGAAGCCAUGGCGAAGGGCAUAAAAAGCCCCAAGGGCAAGAAGAUCACCCUGAACGUGGCCAAGAACUGCAUCAAGGUCACGCUGGAUGGCCGCAAGCGCCUGGACUUGAGCAAGAUGGGCAUCACCACCUUCCCCAAGUGCAUCCUGCGGCUCAACGACGUGGACGAGCUGGACCUCAGCCGGAACCUGAUCAGGAAGAUCCCGGACUCCAUCUCCAAGUUCCAGAACCUGCGCUGGCUGGACCUGCACAGCAACUACAUCGACAAGCUCCCCGAGUCCAUCGGCCAGAUGACCACCCUGCUCUACCUCAACGUCAGCAACAACAGGCUCACCACCAACGGCCUACCCGUGGAGCUGAACCAGCUCAAGAACAUCCGCACCGUCAACCUGGGCCUCAACCACCUGGACAGCGUGCCCACCACGCUGGGGGCCCUCAAGGAGCUCCACGAGGUCGGGCUGCACGACAACUUGCUCAGCUCCAUCCCCGCCAGCAUCUCCAAGCUCCCCAAGCUCAAGAAGCUCAACACCAAGCGGAACCCCUUCCCGAAGGCGGAGGAAUCCAAAAUAUUCUCCGACUCCAUCAAGAGGCUGGAAAACGUAUUCCUGGUGGAGGAGAAGGAUCUGUGCGCGAACUGCCUGAGGAAAUGCCAGCAGGCCCGCGAGAAGCUGAACAAAAUCAAGAACAUGGCCGCGGCCACGCCGAGAAAGGCCAUCUUUUCCAGUCUGGUCUCACCUAACUCUUUGGCCAAGGACUCCCAGGAAGACUGGAGGUUACAGUCAACAGAGUAGCUCAUGGCUCAGAAGAGGAGGAGACGCAGCAGCAAGGGGGAGCUCCCGGAAGCCAGGCGCCCCCUGGCGCUGGCCACCACCCAGACUGGCUUCCCAAGUUCUUCACUUCUCCCUUCCUCACUGGAGGCCAUCUGUGUGCGGCCGAAGUCUUUGAUGCGGCUUUCCAAAACGUGUAGAGAGGAAACAUGUCAGAGACUGACUGUGGUGUAUGUGUAUUAUAUAUUAUAGACAACUAAAGACGUAAGAGUAGACGUUAAGACUGAAAAGGCUUGCAGUCGCCACACAUCACUCAAAUCUUAGUCCCUGCUAAGUUAUGUGCAAACCAUGACUCCCGUCAAGCAACUAGAAUUGGCACCAGAAAUUUCCAUAGAGGAGCACAAACAACACCCUAGACCAAGUCUAAUUUUCACACAUAUUUCUGCAGUGUACGGAUACCAGGAGAAGGAAAACAGGGGCACAGACAACAGCCACAAGGAAAAUUCAAUGGACAGUGGCUGACUUAGGCCCCGGACAUUUCAACAAUUGAGUCAAAUGCCAGUGGUCCACUCCGCAUGUCACAGCCCCAGACUGGGGACAAUCUAAUGUCCUUCAGUGCACAAUCAACACACUCUGCAAUAUUCGUAUCACACACUUCUACUUGGCAAUGAGAAGAAACUCGGUGUCGGCAUGUGCAACCGCCCGGGCCAAUCCCAGAAGUGCAUACACUGCAUGAUACUCUUUCUGGAACAUUCUCUACAUGACAAGCGUCUCAGAUGAAAAAUAAGGGGUAAGGGUAAGGGUGGAUGUGAGAAGAGUGGCAGUGUGGGAGGGGUCUUUGUGGUGUGAGCUGAGUAGUUCAAUUUUGGUGAUGGGUGCACAAUUUACACGAAAUAAAAGGACAAAGACUUACGCACACACAUACCAAUGUC